CUCUCUCUCUCUCUCUCUCUCUCUCUCUGUAUCUCUGUUAGUCCGAAAUAUCUUGCGUUUUCCUGGGUUUUUUUUAUGAUUUUGAUAUUUAUCGUGCCGUCCCGGUAAAUAUUAAAAUCAUUUAAAGGGACUGAUUCACGAUUUUCCCCAAAAUUUUCUUCUUCACUUUCAAUGAUCAAAAUCUACUGCCUGAUGUGUUUAAAAGAUUUCACAUAAAAAUUAAAGUGAUACGUUAUCACAGAAGCUCAUUGUAGAGAGUUUAUUAUUUGUUUUGUAAACAUAGAUUGCGGUGUGUUAUUGUUUACGAAAUUUUCAAAAGAAAUAUAUAUCGAUCUAAGUUUAUUAUAUCUUUCACAUUUCAAACAUUUUUGGGGUAAAAUGUGUCAUCUAAAAGUUAAAAUUUGGGACUACGCAAAAUUAAGAUGCUUUAUUUUACAAAAUCAAUAUUUUACUUGCUUGUUUGUAUACAUAAAAUGACUCGAGUCUUUGUUUACAUAACAAAGAUUCAAGGCUAAAAUAUUGCUUUUAUUCUUGUAUUUAGAAGGUCCAAAUUUUGGAUGUCAACAUUAAAUGAGUUAUAUUUUUAAUGUUUAACAUCAAAAAUGAAAAAUAUUUUUAUCAAAAAUCGUGAACCAGUCCCUUUAAAAAGCCAGGAAAACGUCAGAUAUUUCGGACUAUCUCUUUGUGUGCGCGCGUGUGUGUGGAUACCGACAUGUUGUCUGAUCUUGGCUUUUAACUUCUCCUUUCCAUCCACUACUGCUCGUGGGAAACCCAUAUUCAAUACCCUACACUGAUGAACUGUAAAUAACGUAUUGUUUUGAAGUGUUAUUACGAAACAAUGUAUAAUAACAAACAAAACGUUUAUAUCUAUCAAAAUGAAAAGGACAUCAAUACUUUAUUAUUAACACGAGAAAAUUUGUCAGACUUGAAAAUGACUUUGACAGGAAUGUAUUGUGUUUUCUGUGCGUUUAGAAUAUAUUCACGAAGAAUCUCCCCAAAUUUUCUGAGCAAGAGGGUUACACCUUAUGUCAUGAACUCAAGAACCCUUUUAUCAUUUUUUUUUUCUAUAGGUCACAUCGACUAAACAAGUACCGAUAUUAAUUUAAAGAAGAGUGCAUUGUAUUUAUUACAUUGUAUUGAGUACGUUGUAUUGACUCAGUGGUACAGAAUAACAUUUGUACCGUGAUGUUACCAAGGCCAUACUCCUGUUCCACGAUAAUGAUCCAAUAGACGUCUCCAUUGUCCUUAAAAUGUCGUCUCGACAUAUUCUUAAUAAUCAAAUUAACCGUUAAGUUAUAAACAGAGUGACACGUGAAGAUAAAACUUGACAAUGUAAGAGAUUAACAAAACAAGGUAUUGGGAAACAAUACGGGGAACUGGUGAGAUGAUAUCUACCUAUAGUCUAAUGUCAGCUACAGCUUGUCCAGAACGGGACUUUUUUUUGACGUCUUCAAAAACAACUUUGCUUCCCAAUUAUUUGUAAGAAUAUGUUUGUGACAAUUUCAAAUUAUCUCUUGCAAAUUAUUUGUGACAUUUUCAAAACAUGUCGGGUGUGACCUGGUCGACAGUUGGUGUUUCCAGGGCCCAUGUUUGCUCUACUCUCAAUUUUGUAGUAUUUAUAAGAUCUAUAAAAUUGUUGAUCAUGUUCGGUAUCUUCACCUUUUUUUCGUUCUCAGAUAAUGCAAUUAAUGAUUUUUAACGUUUCAUAAAGAAUGUCAGAUGACAAAGAAUUUGAUAAGAAAAAAGUAUGAAUAAUCAUAUAAUUCAGACUAAACACAAUAAAUGAACGAUCAUAAGGAAUCGAUAGAACUCAUACAGAAAUGAAUGUCCCCCAAAACUUUCACCUUUGUGACACAUUUAGAGUCUUUUAUGUAGAGAAUGGUCAUUACGACAACAGUGUGUGACAAUGUUUUCAUUACUGUUAAAAUAUUUUGAAAAGCUAUAUCUAUAUCUAUGUAGACACAAAUUAAAUAUUGUAUUAAUAUCGAUAUGAAAUGGUGAGUGUAUGUACUUAGUGCUCUGAUAAUCCGGCAAUGUCCUUUUGUACGUGUAUCAAAUGACUAAAGAUCGGAUCUUUUGAACUAUAAUCUGACGGUUCCUACGUCACAGCUGGAUAUAUAAGGAGCUGAAGACUUCAACCACUACCAUUUAACUGGAAUCUCCCAAACGACUACGUGGUAGUUGCAUUAUAGUAUAUUCACAGUUUGUUACAUCCUUCUUUACGACCACUGUUGGAAUUCAAAAUGGUUGCUGCUGCAGAGAAAGCUGUUCAUUGCACUGUUGUUGGUGAUGGAUUUGUGGGAAAGUCGAGUCUUGUUCAGAAGUUUGUGCGUGGACAAUUCAACCCGGAAUAUGUCGCCACGCUAAAGGAUGAAUACACCGCUAGAGUGUCUACAAAUGGAGAUGUGUAUCGCCUGCAUGUCACCGACAUUGCUGGAGAGCACGAAGACAUGUCCUCUCUACCAACACCCGAAAUCUUCAUCGUCUGCUUCAGCUUAGUGGACAGAGAUUCGCUGGAUAGCGUCGAAAACUUCUGGAUGCCUAAAAUUCGCUCCGUGGGAAAAUAUAUCCCUAUCGUACUUGUUGGUACCCAGUCAGACAUGCGAAAUGCAACUGAAAAUGGACAUAUAUCGGCUGAACAAGGACGUAAAAUAGCUAAAAGUUUGGGAACUGAAUACUACCUAGAGUGCUCCGCUAAAACGGAUAUGAAAAUUCGGGAAGUAUUUGAAAAGACUGUACAUGCCAGAAUUCGCCAUUGCAAGAAAAAAGUGAACAUUAUAAAACGCAUGUUUAGUCGUUGAAACAUUUUAUCCACUGCUCCGACAAAGUGGCCCUUGAGUCACUACUGAGUUAUAUAAUAAAAUGAUAAGAGUACUUCUCGGAGGAAUGAACGGUCUUCCGAAAUCGACGCUCCUACUGCCGCCAAAACCAAAUAAGCUUUCCUUGUGGAUUAUGAGCUUCCCAAUGGCUAUAGAAGGAAAUGGAAUAGAAGUCUAAAACGCCAGCGGUCCAGAAACGUAUUUCCCCACUAAAUUGUUAAAAGUGGAAGUGGCAUCAUUGACUGGUUUAACAGAAUCAAUGAAGAAGAUGAAAACCGCUGAAGCACAAGCGACAAUGUACGAAAACGCACGAGUGUUUAGCACAAGAACACACGAGUGUUUAGUACAAGCGACAACGUACGAAAACGCACGAGUGUUUAGCACAAGCGACAAAGCAUGCCAACACGCGAGUGUUUGAUUAACAAUGAACUUUGUAAAUAAAAACUGUAAAUAUGUGGAUAUUUUGGAUGUAAACUCCAUUGAAAUCAUUCUAUAUAUCUUUCAAAUAAAGUAGUGAUUUGAUA